AUGUCGAUUGUCGAGAAAGCGGACAAAUUUAUAAUAAUUGAUGAGUUGUCGUUUUUCGGAAAUCAAAUGAAAUCGGAACUUUUUGAGAUUCUUGGAACAUUUGUAACAGAUUCACAUUUUGCUGGAAACAACAGAAAAAGAAAAUUGAUUGAAGAAUCAAAUGAAAAUGAAAUGAAACAAAUUUCGAAAUUGAUAGGAUUUUCGAAUUAUUUCAAAGCACAAACAGAAGUUAAAGAUAACAAUUUAGAAGCUAGAAAUUCAGCGAAAAAGUGAGUUCACCACGAGUUUGGAAAAAAUCAGUGGGAUUGUUUUUUUCAGAGUUUUGGAAACUGUACAUCUUCGUUUUGCGAUAAGUUGUACAGAUAUUUUGGAAAUUGAUGAGUAAGUAUAUUUUUGUUUUUGUGAAAUAUUUUCAGUAUUUCAGUGAUUCUCAUUUUUCAUCUUUAUUUUGCAAUAAUAUUAUGAGUAGUUGGAUUCGAAAUUCAUCUGAUUCUGCGAAAAUUUUGACAUCUGACGAAAACAGAUUCUUAAUUCCUCCAAAUUCGAUUUUUCACAUCGGCGAUAUCACUGAUAUUAACAGCUAUUCAAAAUAUCACGGUUAGUAGAAACUCAAAAUUAAUUAAAUUUUUCUUUGGAAACUUGCAGAUAUUCGUUUCGAUUUAGUUAUUGCUGAUCCUCCAUGGUUUAAUAAAUCUGUGAAACGAAAAAAGACAUAUCAAAUGAAUGAAGAUGUUCUUGAAGAUCUUGAACUAGAUCAAAUGAUAACAGAUGAUUGUUUGGUUGGGUUUUGGAUAACAAAUCGAAUAGGACUUCGAGAAGAACUUGAAGAACAUUUGAAAAAAUGGAAUCUUGAAAUUAUUGGAGAAUGGAAAUGGUUGAAAGUAACUCGCUCUGGUAUUCCUGUUUAUGAUUUUUCAAAAUCAAAACACAAGCUUCCUUAUGAGGAUAUCAUUUUUGCGACAACUUUAAAUUCCAAAAAAUAUGAACAUUUUCCAAAAACUCUUGUUUUUUCAAGUGUUCCAAUGGCUGUUCAUUCACAUAAACCACCAAUUAUCGGAAUUCUAAAUGACUUGGGAUAUCAAUUUGAGAGGUGAGGAUUUAUGAAUGGGUUUUGCAGUGUGAAAUUGAUAUGAUAAGUUUCAGGCCGCUGGAACUGUUUGCUAGAAAUUUACUACCGAAUUUUACCAGCAUAGGCUUCGAACCCUUGCUUUUACAGUCUGAUUUAGUUUAUAAUGGAAUUUGA